CAUCCCCGGGGUGUUCUCCUACGUGUCCAUCCCCGGCGUGUUAUCCUACGUGUCCAUCCCCGGCGUGUUAUCCUACGUGUCCAUCCCCGGCGUGUUCUCCUACGUGUCCAUCCCCGGCGUGUUAUCCUACGUGUCCAUCCCCGGCGUGUUAUCCUACGUGUCCAUCCCCGGCGUGUUCUCCUACGUGUCCAUCCCCGGCAUGUAAUCCUACGUGUCCAUCCCCGGCAUGUUAUCCUAUGUGUCCAUGCACAUUUAGACUCCAGUAAACUCCCCCAGCAUGUUAUCCUA